GUAAAGAAGAAAUCAAGAUGGAUCGAAGUAUGGGUGUGGAUUCGGUCACCAUCUCUGUUGAGGGGAUGACAUGUAAUUCCUGUGUUUGGACCAUUGAGCAGCGGAUUGGAAAACUGAAUGGUGUACAUCAUAUUAAAGUUUCACUGGAAGAAAAAAAUGCAACUAUUAUUUAUGACCCUAAACUACACACUCCAAAGACCCUACUGGAAGCUAUUGAUGACAUGGGCUUUGAUGCUAUUCUCCACAAUCCUAAUCCUCUCCCUGUUUUAACUGAGACUGUGUUUCUGACUGUUGCUGCUUCACUGGCUGUGCCAUGGGACCAUAUCCAAAACACAUUGCUCAAGACCAAGGGUGUGACAGACAUUAAAAUUUCCCCUCAGCAAAGAACUGUAGUGGUGACAGUAAUCCCUUCUAUAGUGAAUGCCAAUCAGAUAAUAGAGCUGCUUCCAGAUCUCAGUUUAGAUACCGGAACUCUGGAGAAAAAGUCAGGAACUUGUGAAGAUUACAGUAUGGCUCAAGCAGGUGAAGUCAUGCUGAAGAUGAAAGUAGAAGGGAUGACCUGCCAUUCAUGUACCAGCACCAUUGAAGGAAAAAUUGGGAAGCUGCAAGGUGUUCAGCGAAUUAAAGUUUCCCUGGACAACCAAGAAGCUACUAUUGUUUACCAACCUCAUCUUAUCACAGUAGAGGAAAUAAAAAAGCAGAUUGAAGCUCUGGGCUUUCCAGCAUUCAUCAAAAAACAGCCCAAGUACCUCAAGUUGGGAGCUAUUGAUAUAGAACGCCUAAAGAAUACACCAGUCAAAUCCUCAGAAGGAUCACAGCAAAGGAGUCCAUCAUAUACCAGUGAUUCAACAGUCACUUUCAUUAUAGAUGGCAUGCAUUGUAAAUCAUGUGUGUUAAAUAUUGAAAGUGCUUUAUCUACACUCCAAUAUGUAAGCAGCAUAGUAGUUUCUUUAGAGAAUAGAUCUGCCAUAGUAAAGUACAAUGCAAGCUCAGUCACUCCAGAAACCCUGAGAAAAGCAAUAGAGGCCGUGUCACCAGGGCAAUAUAGAGUUAGUAUUAUAAGUGAAGUUGAGAGUACCUCAAACUCUCCCUCCGGCUCAUCUCUUCAAAAUAUUCCUUUGAACAUUGCUAGCCAUCCUCUGACUCAAGAAACUGUGAUAAACAUUGAUGGCAUGACUUGUAAUUCUUGUGUUCAGUCUAUUGAGGGUGUCAUAUCAAAAAAGGCAGGGGUAAAAUCCAUACGAGUAUCUCUUGCAAAUGGCAAUGGGACUGUUGAGUAUGAUCCUCUACUAACCACUCCAGAAACCUUGAGAGAAGCAAUAGAAGACAUGGGAUUUGAUGCUGCCUUGUCAGAUACAAAUGAGCCAUUCGUAAUAAUAGCUCAGACCUCAUCGGAAAUGCCGCUUUUGACUUCAACUAAUGAAUUUUAUACUAAAAUGAUGACACCAAUUCACGACGCAGAGGCAAAGACUUCAUCUAAGUGUUACAUCCAGGUCACUGGUAUGACUUGUGCUUCCUGUGUAGCAAACAUUGAACGGAAUUUAAGACGAGAAGAAGGAAUAUAUUCUGUACUUGUGGCUCUGAUGGCUGGCAAGGCAGAAGUAAGGUAUAAUCCUGCUGUUAUACAACCCCCAAUGAUAGCUGAGUUCAUCCGAGAGCUCGGAUUUGGAGCCACUAUGAUAGAAAAUGCUGAUGAAGGAGAUGGUGUUUUGGAACUUGUUGUGAGAGGAAUGACGUGUGCCUCCUGUGUACAUAAAAUAGAGUCUAUCCUCACAAAACACAGAGGGAUCUUCUACUGCUCUGUGGCCCUGGCAACCAACAAAGCACAUAUUAAAUAUGACCCAGAAAUUAUUGGUCCCAGGGAUAUUAUCCAUACGGUUGAAAGCUUAGGUUUUGAAGCUUCUUUGGUCAAGAAGGAUCGAUCAGCAAGUCACCUGGACCAUAAACGAGAAAUAAGACAGUGGAGACGGUCCUUCCUUGUGAGCCUCUUUUUCUGUAUUCCUGUAAUGGGGCUGAUGAUAUAUAUGAUGGUUAUGGAUCACCAUCUUGCAACUCUUCACCAUAAUAAGAACAUGAGUCAAGAAGAAAUGAUCAACAUUCAUUCUUCUAUGUUCCUGGAGCGCCAGAUCCUGCCAGGAUUGUCCAUUAUGAAUUUGCUAUCCUUUCUAUUGUGUGUACCUGUACAGUUUUUUGGAGGCUGGUACUUCUACAUUCAGGCCUACAAAGCACUGAAGCAUAAAACUGCAAAUAUGGAUGUACUGAUUGUGCUGGCAACCACCAUUGCAUUUGCCUACUCUUUGGUUAUUCUUCUGGUUGCAAUGUAUGAAAGAGCCAAAGUAAACCCUAUUACUUUCUUUGAUACACCUCCUAUGCUAUUUGUGUUUAUUGCACUAGGCCGGUGGCUGGAACAUAUAGCAAAGGGCAAAACAUCAGAGGCUCUUGCCAAGCUAAUUUCACUACAAGCUACAGAAGCAACUAUUGUAACUCUUGACUCCGAUAAUAUACUCUUAAGUGAAGAACAAGUGGAUGUGGAGCUCGUACAACGUGGAGACAUCAUUAAAGUGGUUCCAGGAGGCAAAUUUCCAGUGGAUGGUCGUGUUAUUGAAGGACAUUCUAUGGUAGAUGAGUCCCUUAUCACAGGGGAGGCAAUGCCUGUGGCUAAGAAAUCUGGCAGCACAGUAAUCGCUGGUUCCAUUAACCAGAAUGGGUCACUACUUAUCCGUGCAACCCAUGUUGGAGCUGACACAACGCUUUCUCAAAUUGUUAAACUUGUGGAAGAGGCACAAACAUCAAAGGCUCCUAUCCAGCAGUUUGCAGACAAACUCAGUGGCUACUUUGUUCCUUUUAUUGUUACUGUUUCCAUCACUACCCUCUUGGUUUGGAUUAUAAUUGGAUUUCUGAAUUUUGAAAUUGUGGAGACCUACUUUCCUGGAUAUAACAGAAGUAUCUCCCGAACAGAAACGAUAAUACGCUUUGCUUUCCAAGCCUCUAUCACAGUUCUGUGCAUUGCAUGCCCCUGUUCACUGGGACUAGCCACUCCGACUGCUGUGAUGGUGGGUACAGGAGUAGGCGCUCAAAAUGGCAUACUAAUCAAAGGUGGCGAGCCAUUGGAGAUGGCUCAUAAGGUGAAGGUAGUGGUGUUUGAUAAGACCGGAACCAUUACCCAUGGAACCCCAGUAGUGAACCAAGUAAAGGUUCUAGUGGAAAGUAACAGAAUAUCACGCAAUAAGAUCCUGGCCAUCGUGGGCACUGCUGAAAGUAACAGUGAACACCCUCUAGGAACAGCCAUAACCAAGUACUGCAAGCAGGAGCUGGACACUGAAACCUUGGGUACCUGCGUAGAUUUCCAGGUUGUGCCAGGCUGUGGUAUUAGCUGUAAAGUCAUCAAUAUUGAAGGCUUGCUACAUAAGAAUAACUGGAAGAUAGAGGAAAAUAAUAUUAAAAAUGCAUCCCUGGUUCAAAUUGGUGCAAGUAAUGAACAGUCAUCAACUUCAUCUUCCAUGAUUAUUGAUGCCCAGCUCUCAAAUGCUCUUAAUGCCCAGCAGUACAAAGUCCUCAUUGGUAACCGGGAGUGGAUGAUUAGAAAUGGUCUUGUUAUUAACAAUGAUGUAGAUGAUUCCAUGACUGAACAUGAAAGAAAAGGUCGGACUGCUGUAUUGGUGGCAGUUGAUGAUGAGCUGUGUGGCUUGAUAGCCAUCGCUGACACAGUGAAGCCCGAAGCCGAAUUGGCUGUCCGCAUUUUGAAAUCCAUGGGCUUAGAAGUAGUUCUAAUGACUGGAGACAACAGUAAAACAGCUCGAUCUAUUGCUUCUCAGGUUGGCAUUACAAAGGUGUUUGCUGAAGUUCUCCCUUCUCAUAAGGUUGCUAAGGUGAAGCAACUUCAGGAGGAGGGGAAACGGGUUGCAAUGGUAGGCGAUGGAAUCAAUGACUCUCCAGCUCUGGCAAUGGCUAAUGUAGGGAUUGCCAUUGGCACGGGUACAGACGUAGCCAUUGAAGCAGCUGAUGUGGUUUUGAUAAGGAAUGAUCUUCUGGAUGUAGUGGCAAGUAUUGACUUAUCAAGGAAGACCGUCAAGAGGAUUCGGAUAAAUUUUGUUUUUGCUCUAAUUUAUAAUCUAGUUGGAAUUCCCAUAGCUGCUGGAGUUUUUAUGCCCAUUGGUUUGGUUUUGCAGCCCUGGAUGGGAUCUGCUGCAAUGGCUGCUUCAUCUGUCUCAGUAGUACUUUCUUCUCUCUUCCUUAAACUUUAUAGAAAACCAACUUAUGAGAAUUAUGAACUGCAUGCCCGAAGCCAGAUGGGACAGAAAAGGCCUUCAGAGAUCAGCGUUCAUGUUGGAAUAGAUGACACCUCGAGAAAUUCUCCUAAGCUGGGUUUGCUGGACCGGAUUGUUAAUUACAGCAGAGCCUCCAUAAAUUCACUCCUGUCUGACAAACGGUCCCUAAACAGCAUUGGUACCAGUGAACCUGACAAGCAUUCCCUUCUGGUGGGAGACUGCAGGGAAGAUGAUGACACCACAUUGUAACAGGCCACACAGAAUGCUACUAGUUGAUGUUGUUAUGCACUGAUACAGCGUUAAUGAUGUCUCCUUAACUUUUCAAAAUAUUGUGGAAGGAUUUUAUAUUGGUCUCAUGCCCUUA